AUGGCGAACACUCAUCGUUAUCCACCUUGCCGAGAAUCCAACGCUUUAGUUUUACUAAGACAAUGGUUUGUGGUGGUUGUUAGUGAGUUGGAAAAACAACUCUCGAAGGCACAACAAAGGGGAAACGAUCAAUUAGUUUCUGAUUUAUAUGUCGACUUAGCGGAGGAACACCGUCGUGCUGGCUUCUUGAACGAAGCAAUUGAGGCUUAUAAAUCUAGUUUGAUUUUUUCCGAGAAAUGUUGCACUAUAGAAAAUGCAGCUUUUGCGCAUAGGGCGAUUGCUGAAAUGUCUGUUGAUUGUGGUAUAGGAGACGACUGUGCUGCUUUGACUCACGGGGAAAAAUACUUUAAUUUAGCCAAAAAAACUGGACAAGUUCACCUUAUACAACUUGCGUUUCAUGUUUACGGAUGGUUGCAGUUUCAAGUCUAUUUAAAUUCAGGCGCUAAAAACCAGAAGUUGCUCUUAGAGAGCAAAGAAUGGUGCGAAAAAGGUUUGGCUUUCUUAAACAAAAACGCUGUUGCUAUUGAUUCGGAUCCGAAAGCAGUUAGAAUUGGUCAGAAUUCUAAAGCGAGAAGAGCAAGACUUCGCCAAGUUUUAUCUCAGAUCUGUGAUAAAUUGGGAGACUCCAGUCAGGCACUUUCUCACCAUAACGCAGCUUUUGCCUACGCUGUUAGGGAAGAAGACUUCGAUUUGCAAUAUCGGUGCUUAUUGUCAAAGUUGUACUAUGUUGGAAAUCAGCGCAUUAAAACUGCAGUUGACCUUGUACAUGUUGCUUCCAAUUUAGGCCCGAAAGAAAGUGCUGAUGCGAAGUUUAUUCUGGCGCAGGAAAAGAUAAGAGCGAUGGAUUUUGAUGGCGCAAAGUGGGAUAUGAUAUCAAUACUUUGUGGAAAGGAUUUCAAUGCUUUAGAUAAUGAAGAGCAAUCUUCACUUCAGCAGUGCCUAAUUGUUGUGUACAGGGCAGUAGAACGCUUAAGAAGAGUUGAAAAGCUCAGCUCUUUUGAGCAGAUGAAGACCUACGAAAAAAUUGCAGACGAAUUUAUAGAUUUAGACUUUCGUGAAGUUUCUUUGGAGUUCUAUGAGAAGAUGUUAGCUUGCGCUGAAAGCAAGUGCGACAGAAUAAAAGCAUUUGUUUCUAUCGCUGAAACUGCCCGAGAGUUGAACGAUUUUGAAAAGGCUUACCAAUGUUAUUCUGUCAUAGAGUCUAUCGAAAAUACUCUAACACUUGAAAAUAAAAAAAGGGCCGAAACAGCGAUUUGUCUUUUGGAGGUGACCACGAAACUUAAAACUUUUCCACCAUUAGAAGUAGAGGAACUAUAUUUGAAAGCCAAAAAGUACGCCGAAACGCAUCAUCAGAAGCUUAUUUUGCGUGAAAUAUAUCUGGAGUAUCUAAAAAAGAUGGAAGGUAUGCGACCUAAGAUUGAAAAGUUAAAAUCGGAAUUAGAGGUUAUCAGAAAGGAAAGAAAUGACAGUCCUGAAAUGUUGUCUGAUACCGAGGAACACGAUAAUGAAUGGGCUGACAAAUUUGGGGACCUCAGCGGUUCGCAGAUUUUAGCACAAUGCGAAGUGGAAGCUACACGGAGAAAUAUGGAGGAACGAAUAAGACAAGAAAAAGAUAAAAAGAUUAACUUAUAUGGUGAAACAAGAAUGCACGAAGCUGCAAGAGGGAACGAUUUGGCGUACCUUCGCUUGCUGCUAAAACACGGUUACAGUAUCAACGCUAAAGACGAAGGAGGUUGGACCCCACUUCAUGAAGCUGUCGGUGCCUUGAAGGUGGAGAAUGUGCGCUUGCUUGUUGAAGCUGGCGCUUGUCUUGACAUUCGUUCAAAUGAGGGCACUCUUUCUGCAGAGGGAGAAAGAACAGAUAGUGGUGGGCUUACUCCUUUAAUGGAAGCUUGUGAUCGUGGUUCUACUGCAAUCGCAAACUUGUUGUUAAGCCAUGGUGCUAAUAUCGCUCUUCGGAAUAAAGAUAACUGGACAGCUUUAGAUUUUUUUCGGAAUGCUUUAGCAGUCGGUAUGGUAGAGGAAGAAGAUAUGUCUGCUGCGAACGAUUUAGUUGUUUUAAUGGAAGCCCGACUGCGGCAAGUCAACGCACCAGUGAGUAAAUUUCCACCUCCAAAGAAGUUAACUCCACUUAAUUCGCGGGAAAAAUUGAGUAUUGGGAAGGAAAGUGUUCAGGCCGUUCAAAAAUUGUCACCGGAGAGAAAAAAUUUAUUAGAGUAUCGUAAAAUAAUGCGACAUGUUGGCAGAGGUGAUGUGCACGAAAGAACGGGGACCAUCUAUGCGGAAGUGGAAGAUUUUACGAAUGAGGUAGGUGGUAGCAGUUCAGCGAGUGUGUCCGAUAAUUUUGGUUCAAUUUUUGAUUCUGACAGUCUUUGUGGUUUGGUCGAUGAUUCCGUUGGUUCGUUUAAUGAGUCAUUUAGUCGGGUGGUCAAGAAAAAACGCCGGAGGUCAGGAUCAACUGGAUUUAGUAACAGCCGUAUUAGGAGGCGAAAAAUGGUCGAAGAACUGGGAAGUGACUCGGAAGAGGAACUUUUGACUGUUACCAAUCCUCUACAUAGUGUUCAGGAUAAUAACUUUAGUCGAAAUACAGCAGCGACUACUGACAGAACAGUGAACGAAGACUCAAUUCCACCCAAAGUGAAAACGUCGGAAAUUGUUUCAACAGAAGCCCCCUCAAAACCAUCAGACACGCAAAGCCUGAUCUUUAUAAAGAUAGUAUUCAAACAGACGGAUGGCAAAAGGAUUAAAGUUAAGGGAAUACCGUUCAAUCGAAGUGCAGUUGUGUCUGCAGUACGCAACAGAUGUCUAAAAGAGAUAUGCAGUGAGGACGAAGUGACUUCACUUUCUAUACGUCAAGGUGACUGUGAAUUAAGUGAUGAAACUCCGAUCGCUUUGGUGCUGGAUGGUUUAGAAAAUACUUUGGACUGCUUUAUUGAGGGAACGUCAAAGCUUAGUCCAUCGCAAACGUAUCUAAAGAAAGCUAAAGUUAAGAAAAGUAACAUUGUUAGAGCCCUUGAUGAAGCACGAAGAGGACUACUGGAUUUAAGCUAUUGUUUUGUUGAGAGGGAAGGCGACGCAUUAUCCAGCGCGCUUAUGGCUUUCUCUUUGAAUUCCCUCUCGGAGCUUGUCUUGAGUGGCAACUUUUUGUCUGAGAAAUUUAUUAAAAGUGUGGCUUAUCUCGCACGUUUCCUUGAAGUUUUGAAGCUCGAAAGUUGUGGUAUAACCAAUCAGACUAUUGAGGGCCUUUUGGGUGAUCGAAGUAGUUGCACCCGUUUGUCUCAUUUGGAUUUGAGCUAUAAUGACGUCAGCAAUUCAUUCGCGGCAAAUUCACUAUCAUCGUUCCUAAAUGUCUGUCCAAAUUUGAAGCGCCUUAACCUCAGUUCUUGCGGCCUGAGCGCUGUCGCGUUACCAUGCUUAUUAGAUGUUUUUAAAGGCCUAACCUUGCUGGAGGACCUAAAUAUCAGUCAUAAUCCUUCAGUGGAUUCUUCGUUCGUAACAAAAGUGACAGAGAUUUGCACUCAACUUUCAAACUUGAACAUUUCUGAUACUGGAUUUCAGCAGUUCACACCCGAUCUGAAAACCUGUCAUUUAAAAUCGCUUUCACUAUAUGGGUGUGAAAUCACCAGGGAGUUCACUUCACAAUCAUUCCUUGAACAUUUGGAGGCAUUUUUGUUUUUGGAUUUCUCUUACACUAUGAUUUGCUGUUCGGAUUUGGAGGCAUUUAUGGAGUGCAAGAAAAGCAAGCUUCCGAUUCUAACGCUGAAACUUUACGGAUGCUUGGAAUUAGAAAAGAAUGUUUCUCAACUAGUUGAAUUAAUACAUUCGCGAGUUAAUACUGAUACUGCUUUACAUCUUCAGUUAUCAGAAGAUUUUCGGGAAAGGCUGUUGUCGACCAUGUCUUCGUCAUUUUCAUUUCUUGUGUCGUAA